AACCUGAAAUUACACUUCGUAGAAGCAGGGAGUCCACAAGGCCCGUUGGUGCUAAUGAUCCAUGGAGCUCCAGAUUUUUGGUUCACCUGGAGGAAGCAGAUACCUACCUUAGCUAACGAUUUCUGGGUGAUCGCAGUGGAUUUACGCGGAUGUGGCGACUCGGACACCCCCAGCCUGCGGACCAAAUAUUCUCCCUCGAUCGUCGCAGAAGAUAUUGUUCAUCUCAUACGCAUUUUAGGUCGAAAGAAUGCCCAUCUCCUGUGCGCUGGCACUGGUGGGCAGAUUGGAUGGCACCUAGCCUACCACUGCCCUGAACUCGUGUCCAAAAUGGUUUUGAUUCACUCCCCUCAUCCUUAUGUCAUCCGUCAGCAAGUCAGAUCUUCAUGGACGAACUAUCUCAGAAUUUGGUACAUGUUCUUUCUUCGGUUGCCGGUAUUGCCUGAAAUCGUAGCCCAGGCUAAUGAUUCGGGCCUCAUUGACAAAAUGUUUCAGCCUUUACUCAAAAACAAAUCAGUUACAGAAGAAGAAAUUGAAGCUUACAAAUUCAUAUUUUCCAGAAGAGAGUACGUAGAACGCAUCUCUAUCAAGCCUUUGCCUGGAACUGGAUAUUCUGCCCAUGUGAGCCACGCAGCUUCUCUCAACCAAAUGAUCGGGGAGUUCUUGCGGGAGAUGCCAUGGAGGCCAUUGUCGCUUCUCGAGCCUUCGCAGCCCUCUCUAGUGGGGAGGGUUAUGGGAGCCAGCUUGGCUGUGAUGUCUAAUACUUACAGCAGAACGACUGAAGCCUUGGAGAGGACACGCGCUCUUCAGGGUGGUCUGUAUGGAAUGGCUCAAGAUUCGCUGAAAGCGGCAGGAUCUAGUUUAGGCUUAGGUGACAUGUACUGAUCUGUUUAUGUCUCAGCAUGUUUAAAUAAUUAUUUACAGAAAAUAUUUUAAAUGUGUCACUUUACGGGGAAUGAAAUCCAUUUCCAUGGAAAGAUAUUCUGGGAAGAACAGAUAAAUAAAAUGGUUAUGUUUCCCA